UGUCUGUUCAAACAUAGGAGGAUUUUACGAAUUUUUUUUUAAACCCCUGUUUCAGAAGCACUGGACAAAUGGUCCCAUGCAGGGAUAGAUUCAGCUAGUUUUUAGGGUAGUUUUAAAAGCGAAGUUAUUUUUAAAUGGUUCAGAAUUUGGGGGUUGUGGCCUGUUGAAAGAAACUAUUCCACCUUGAAAUUGUCCGUGUCUCCAGCUUUCGUGGGCAGUUUCUAUGGGCAUUACGAGAAGGACCGGUCCCGUGUUUUCCUGGUGAUUUACGAUUAAACUAGCUUCAUGAAGAUGGAAAAGUUAAAACGGAGUCUAAGUUUUCGAAAGAAAAAAGACCAUGUGCCUGAGUGCAGCAAGCCUCACCAGUGGCAGGAAGACGAGAAAAAAGUGCGGGAUGGCACCUGUAGUUUUCAAGUCCGGCAUCUGGGCUGUAUAGAGGUUUUCGAAUAGGGGAUGCAAGUCUGUGAAGAGGCUGUCAAGGCUCUUAAAUCUAGCUGUAAAGGCAAAUAUCAGAGAGCUAUACUAUAUGUGUCCGGGGAUGCCUUAAGGGUUGUGGAUGAAAUCAGCAAGAGCAUGAUUGUGGACCAGACAAUAGAGAAAGUAUCAUUCUGUGCUCCUGAUCGUAACCACGAGAAAGGUUUCGCCUACAUCUGUAGGGACGGGACAACCAGACGCUGGAUGUGCCAUGGUUUCAUGGCUGUAAAAGAAUCCGGAGAACGCCUGAGCCAUGCGGUGGGCUGUGCAUUUGCCAUCUGUCUGGAGAAGAAGCAGAAGCGAGACAAGGAGUCUGGGGUCACUGUGACGUACAACCCUGAGAGGACCAGCUUCUCCAGGACUGGCUCCUUCAGGCAAACCACGAUGACAGAGAGAAUAGCCGACCCUCAGAGUGCUAUCAUCGCAGAGGCUCCUGCCCCAGCGAAGAAGACAGAGAAUCCAUACGCUGUCCAGAGACCUCAUGCCUCUGCCUCUUUACUCCAGAGACAAGGCUCUUUUAGGGGGUUUUCAAAGCUGCAAGAGGCCUCCUCCCCGUUCAAGAGAACUUUGUCUCUACGGCUUAGUGAUCUCCCAUCGACGUUACAGCGACAGAAUGCAAUACUGGAGUCACCGGAAAAUACACCUGGUGGAGUGGGCAGCCCUAUCCAGGAGGUGUCCCCGUCCCAUGAGCAGCAGAAUCAGGACAGCAUUUCACAGAUGUGUCAACAACUGACCCAAGGGCUAAGCGCCCUUAGCACUGACGACCCAUUUGCAGCCGCACCCCGUAGCUCCAACACGUCACGGCUUUACAACCCAGCCAGUACCUCGACUUCCUCCUCAUUCCAACACCGACAAGUUCCUCAAGGUUACUCGCCCCAUGUUACUCAGCAAACGCGCCACGCCUCACCAUUACGAGACACCAACCCAUGGGCCCAGACUGCUAGGACCACCACAUCUCCCCCGGGGAGAGUCUCUAACGCUGAGUUCUGGUUACAAGCUUCCACCUCACCCUCCCCGCAGUCAUCAUCAAAUCCCUUCACUUCGCCAAACAGCAACGUGCGCACUGCGGGUAGCAUUAAUGGAACGUCACAUUACCAUGGUUACGAUCGCCAGACUUCACUGGGACAGCCUCCUAUACCACAGCGAACAAACUAUAGCCAGCACUCCCGUAGCCAUUCCAUAGAUACCAGUGAGCUGUCAAUGACCAGCUGGCAUCAGCAAAACCAGCGUCCCACUCUACUUCAGAUGGCCAAUCAGCGAAGCUUUCAGCAAAACGGUAGUGUGGGAGCAUGGGGUGCAGGCGGAGUUACAAGCCCCUCCCAGCAACAAGUAGUCGAUCCAUUUGAUGUGGCAUGGGCGGCCAAGUCUGCAAACAAACAGAACACAAAUCCAUUUAAUAGUUCAAAAAGUGUGAAGACGUUUGAAGUAAAGUUAUGACUUCAUCUUUCCAUUUUUUGUAUGUAAAAACUUGGUGAUUCAGCAAAAAAUUUGGCUUGUGCAUCAUUUGUGUAUGCAGCAUUUUGGAUGGUGGUGGUGUCUAUGGACUAAGGGACAGAACUCUUGAUAGAUUGUUGUCACCAGUGAAAGUAUCGGGCUGUUGAUGCUAGACUGACAUUUUCCAUGUGCUCUGAUCUGCUGUUGAUAAAUGUGCUCUUACAUGUAAACUGACAAUCGAAUUUUUAUUAAACCAACUUGUGAUCUCCUAUUUUGUGCGCUGAAGUUGUCUUCAGACUGAGAUGACAUAUUUUUAGCAAACCAUAAUCAAAGUAUUUUACCCACUUCUCUUGUAUUCAGGUAGGUUACAUUGUAGACAUGGUUUUAUACACCAGCUCUUUUAACAUUUUAAUACAUGUAAGAUACUAACAUGUUGACUUUAUUUACACAGACAGAAUAUAUUGUACAAAGUAUGAAUAAGUUGCAGAAUUACUGAAGAUUUGAUUUUGCUUAGUUUUUGCUUUCCACUGAGUGGAUUGGGUAAUCAACUAUAAUCCAUUUAGGAGUUUCAACUGAGGAAGACUUGUGAUGUGAUAUGAUGAUUUCCCUCAAAACAAUAAGAAAAUUUUGUGAUUAAUCCUAAUUCCAAAUUGCCGAGUUUGUAUCACAACAAGGACAAAGCAAAUCCAAAUUUCCAAAUAGGUGCGCUUUGGCGUGCCGAUUCAUAUGCUCUUUAUAUGUACCCUGAUAUGGUAGUGGAAGUGCUGGCUUUCAAGGACGUAGAGGCUAGUGUCAGUAGUACUGGUGAAAAACGGUUGUGCUUGGCAUUAGUCUGUUACAUUGCUGUCUUGAUCUAAUGCAAAAAAAAUAUAUAUAUAUAUUAUAUACAUAUCCAUCAUGAAGUAUCCUGCCACUGAUAGAGACUAGGUUGAGACGGUCCAGUUGAACAGAAGUGUAUAGCACUUGCUUCAUAUGUGUACAUUUAAUUCCAUUAUCAUGAAAACACAGCAUUUCAUAGCGUCACAAGUCUACGCAGAAAAUACAGGUGAUUUUACCUGAUGAGGUGCGCAAGUGAGAUAUCAUGGUUUUAAAACUCAAUUUUUAAACUGUGAAUAUAUUUUUAAUUAACCCGCUUGUGUUUUUAGUGUUGCCGUGUACUUUUAUGUCUAGUGCUUCAGGUUUAAUUGUUUUUACAUUCAUCACAAACUUUUAAUUCUAUCCAGCUUUUUAUUCUUUAUAUUGUCUUGAGAUUCGCUUCGCCAUUUUGUUUUGUUAUCAGAUGAAUGUGUAUGAAGCUUAGUUCCUGCACAGAGGAAGUUUAUAUGUGGAGAUUUUACCUGUGGCAGUUUAUAACAGGACAGAUUACCUUGUGAAUGUGUAUUGGUAAUAUCUUAUUCUGUUGCUGUACUAAAAGCCAGUCCGGUCUCUUUCGAAAGUCAUGAUGGUGAGGAUUGGUCAUUUUCAUGUCACAUAUCGAAAUUUUUAUUUGCAUCGAUAAUUUGUUGGUUAGGUAAGUCUCUUUAAACUCAAGAUGAAAAGUAGCUCAAACAAAUUUGUUUUUAAAUAGUGGUUCCAUUAUGCAUCUAGACAAAAAAUCAGUUUGAACGGUUUUCAAAGAACUACUUGUACAAAGCCACAUUUUGCCUUAUUUAGUGACAGUUGAUUCUUACAUUGGCAUUCCAGUCAGUUUGAAAUGUUUCUGUCAUGGUAGUUUUUGUUCUUUUUUUCUUUCUUUGCUUUGUUUAAGGGUUAGGGGAAUGGAGAGUUUAAAUUAUCAAAUGAAUACCUCAAGAUUCCUAUACUAACGUUGCCUGAUUUUUUUCCUGUGUGCUUGAUCUAAAAAUGAUGUUUGAAAGACUUACAUGUACCCUCUAACAGAUCUGUGAGAUAGACCAGUUUUGAAAUAAUUUUUGUAAUAAUGAUUGAUCCUACUUUAGUUUUGUAUAUACCGUGUUGAGAUACCUCUGGUAACUUGUAAUAUAUUUGACAUAUGGUUGAGUGAUAAUGGACAAGUUAGAACAAAAGUCGAGAUCAUAGUCUUGUACAUAGCUGUAAUCACAACUUUAAUCCUCUACUUUUUAGUACAUAUACAUACAUGUAUGUAUAUGUAUAUGU